AAAAGACCUACUUAGAGGGUUUAAAUAAUCAACAGAUUGUGGAAUAAAAUUACAAUGCUUUUCCUUUUUUCACAAUGCAGAAUUCUCCAAAACACCAGUGGGGAGAAGAGGAACCAAAUUCUCAAACGGAAAAAGAUCACAACAGUGAAGAUGAGGAUGAAGACAAAUAUGCAGAUGAUAUUGACAUGCCAGGACAGAAUUUUGACUCUAAGAGACGAAUUACUGUCCGGAAUCUCAGGAUUCGUGAAGAUAUUGCAAAAUACUUGAGAAAUUUAGAUCCAAAUUCUGCCUACUAUGAUCCAAAAACUAGAGCAAUGAGAGAGAAUCCUUAUGCCAACGCUGGAAAGAAUCCAGAUGAAGUGAGUUAUGCAGGAGAUAACUUUGUUAGAUACACAGGAGAUACCAUCUCAAUGGCUCAGACACAGUUGUUUGCUUGGGAAGCCUAUGACAAAGGAUCUGAAGUGCAUCUACAGGCAGAUCCUACAAAACUAGAGCUGUUGUAUAAGUCCUUCAAAGUCAAAAAGGAAGACUUCAAAGAACAGCAAAAAGAAAGCAUCCUAGAAAAGUAUGGUGGCCAAGAACACUUGGAUGCUCCUCCAGCUGAAUUGCUUUUAGCCCAGACCGAAGACUAUGUAGAAUACUCAAGACAUGGUACAGUCAUCAAAGGACAAGAGCGAGCUGUUGCCUGCUCCAAAUAUGAGGAGGAUGUAAAGAUCCACAACCAUACACAUAUCUGGGGAUCUUACUGGAAGGAUGGCCGAUGGGGAUACAAAUGCUGUCACUCUUUUUUCAAGUAUUCCUAUUGUACUGGAGAAGCUGGAAAGGAUAUUGUUAAUUCAGAAGAAUGUAUUAUAAAUGAUGUAAGUGGAGAAGAAUCUGUGAAAAAACCUCAAACCCUCAUGGAAAUGCAUCAGGAAAAACUAAAAGAAGAGAAAAAGAAGAAGAAAAAGAAAAAGAAGAAGCACCGAAAGAGCAGCUCAGAUAGUGAGGAUGAAGAAAAGAAACAUGAAAAAUUGAAAAAGGCACUGAAUGCAGAGGAGGCCCGCCUUCUUCAUGUUAAGGAGAUCAUGCAGGUUGAUGAGAGGAAACGGCCUUACAAUAGCAUAUAUGAAACUCGGGAACCCACCGAAGAGGAAAUGGAGGCCUACAGAAUGAAACGGCAGAGGCCAGAUGACCCCAUGGCCUCUUUUCUUGGACAGUAACUAGUCGUAGAAAUUCAUCCAGGGUAGAUUCAGCUGACAUGGUCUUUUCAACUUCUUGCUCAUGAUUGUAGACUGGAAAAAUCCUUGUCUACUCUUCUUUGCUGACUAACUGUAAUAAAGCUUUCAGAAGUCCCAAAGUAAAUUCAUUCUUUUCCACACUGAAGAAGUGAAGAACUCAAACAGAAAGUACAUUAAGUGUGGAGUAAGAUUGGAAAUAGUCUAAUUUUUAUAUUAGUGAUAUGGAAAAACCUUCACUCUCUACUUACCAAGAAUGUUUUGUACUUAACAGUUAAGUCUCAAACUAUUUCCUGUUUGCAAGUUCAUUUUAAAAAUGAGGAAAUGAGCCAAAGUCUGAGUUACAUGCCCAGGUCAUAUUAAUGGCGAUUCUGUGGCUCUAGGUAUUGUUACCUUCUUGGAAUAUUUGGUACAUUUUUUUUGGCCUUCUGUCUAGUAUUAGCACACACAUUGAAAGUAGAUUAGUUACUCUUUCUCAAAACUAGGGCUUCAUUUUUUUUUUAAUGACUAGCAAUUACAGUUGUAAUUUAACUCUGUUAUUAGUUAUUUUGUAAUCACUUGUUUUUACCUUAUCAGGUUUUCCUGGUCUGAAAUGAAAAAAGUUAUUUUUACCUUGGUCUUUGGGUCACUAUUUUCUCAUUCUUGAAUCAAUAUAAUAGUACUUUUACUACUAUUGGAAAAAUACUAGAAAAACAUAGAAAUUCUUUCAUUUAUCAUAGUAGAUAUGGUUUGUAAUAUUUUGUUAUUUAUUAUGCCUUUAUGUAAUGAUCAUGAUAUUAAGUUAGAUUGUAAGAGAGUGCAGAAUAUCUGAGAGAUACCUAAUCUUCAUAGCUAGCAGGUGUCACUUUGUAAAAUUUACAGGGAUCAAAAUCUGAAGUUGGAGGUUUCUUCAGAGAAUUGUAAUGAUAGCUUGUAUGGAUCUUAGUAACUGAGAUCACUAUGAUCCCCAGGACACUUUAUAAAAAUAAUGCUGAUAGAGCAGAAUCAGUGAAAACAGACUAAAAUCCCUGACAUAAAUGCAUCUACUUAACACCUUUCUAAACUACCAAAAAAGUGUGUAGUAUACUGUGUUAAGUUGAAAUCUCUUCUUAGUUCUAGAAGAACAGCUGAGUCAAAUUAGCAAAUACUAGGAAUAUACUUGGUGUCUAGAUUCCAACUAAUUGAAAUUAAAAUAGCAAGGCAGAUCUUAUUCUUAAGAUAGUCAAAAUUUUAUUUUGCUACUCUUACGUUAUUAGGGUGGUUCAACAUCAAGUCUGACACUGGUGUCUGUCGUAUUUUUUGUUAAUAAAGGUAUGUAAUUAAGAACACUAAA